CUCACUGCAGCAGACAGAAUUAACAAUGGUCGGCGGUUACAAGCCCAGUUACAAGCUCUUUUCUUUCUUUCUCCUCUUGGCAGCCUGCUCCAACCUUGUCAGUACUCAAGACCUGAGCAAGCUACAGUCUCUUGGUCCAUUUCAACUUAGCCCGGAUGAAGACUUGACUCACGAAGAUCUACAAGAUGUCAUAGCCACCUUUCACGAAAUGUUCCCCAAGCUCCUCUCGGAACAAUCCAACUCAACAAGCAAAUGUGCCGUGGCUUGGGGGAAACUCGAGAAACAGAGAUCCUAUCAAAAAGUUGGAGGAAAGAAUAUAAACGUCACUGCAUCAGUCGUAGCUUUGGACUCAUUCGGUAAGCCUGGCCCUGGGAUACUGCUGGGGAACACUGCCUUCCAGGGCUCCUUUGAUGAAUGCUUGAGCCUGGACACCAAUGUACGGAUGCAGUACUGUUCGAUGGGUGUAGCUAUACUCAGAACUGUUGAUUCAACUCCAGUCUUUGUUUUCAGGGAGGGUAUCUGCCUCCCUCAAAACUGUACAUUUUAUGAUAUUUAUAAGAACGUUGAGUCUCUGAAUUUGUUAAUUGGACAAGAUGGUUAUAUUUUAUUUGUGAGUGAAACAGCUAAUGGUCAGCCUUUUUACGUCUGCACUCCACAGGGAGAUGUCCCCUACAAUGCAGGAGCCAUCAUUAUGAUCAUAAUUUGUCUAGCACUCUUCUUACUUGCUAUUGCUGGCUCAAUUUUUAACAUAUUUAACGAUUAUUACGAAAGUCUCCAAGAAGCCAAGUCGGAGCUGUCACCAAUGCACACACAAACCACGUCUGUACAGUUAGCCGAGUCUGAGCCUCUCCUUGCCACUCGUCAGCCUAAAAACACUUUCGGCAGGCGUUUUAAGACUUUCCUCAAAGAGUGUCUGCUCGGUUUCUCUCUGUAUAAGAAUGUCCCGGUCGUCUUGUCAACCUAUCAACCACCAGCUGCUAUCACUAAUCUCAACGGUAUGAGAGUCAUUAGCAUGUUCUGGGUAAUACUCGGCCAUACGUAUUACUUUUUGUUAGUCUUUGGUGGUUUUAAAGACUUUUCCGUCGUCACGGAACACUUUAUGCCUCGCUUCACCGCCCAGUCAAUCCUCAAUGCUUUUUUUGCCGUGGACUCAUUCUUUUUCAUCAGUGGAUUUCUAGUCGCUUACCUAACCUUCAGAGAGAUGAACAGGAGAAAAGGGAAGUUCCCAUUUGUUACUUUUUAUCUCCACAGGAUACUCCGUCUCACGCCCACAUACAUGUUUGUUUUAUUCUUCUUUUGGUUCCUCUCGAAUCAUUUAACCAGAGGUCCCAUGACCCCUUCGACUGUUGGCCCUGGGUCUGCCCAGUAUGAAAACUGUGUCAAGUACUGGUGGACCAAUCUACUCUACAUCAACAACUUUUAUCCAACUAAUUUCGGAGACGAGUGUAUGGGAUGGACGUGGUACCUAGCCAAUGACAUGCAGUUCUUUGUCAUCACUCCUCUGUUCCUCAUCGUACUCUAUGCCUCCUUUCCAAUCGGUCUCGUUAGCAUUGGGAUCACUCUAGCAGCUUCUAUGGGAGUGAGUGGCUUCAUUGGUGGUUUUUAUGGAUACCAUGCUAACUCAUUCUACAACCUUUAUAACGGGAUAACACAAAACGCAAGUAUACCGACUGUUGAUACUACAAUAUACGGUAAGCCAUAUUGCCGGAUUGGUCCUUACCUUAUUGGUAUUCUCCUCGGAUAUAUAAUAUUUAAAAACUACCGGACUACAUUUAGUAAGCAGCUCAAUUGGAUCUGUCACCUCGUUCUAUGGGCAUUAGCUAUUAUAAUAGGUAUGUUCACUGUGUACGGCCUAUAUGGUGAUUACCAUGGUCACGAGGUUUCCAAGGCUGGAGAUGUUGCCUACUUUAUGCUAGCCAGACCAGCAUGGGGAGUUGCUCUUGCUAUAGUUGCAUACACCUGUCACUAUGGUUACGGAGGAGUCAUAAACAGGUUCCUUUCUUUACCGUUUUGGGUCCCGUUAGGCCGACUGACCUUCAAUGCUUAUCUUGUACAUGAGAUUGUCCUAGAAGUAAUUUUUGGAAAUUUAAGAGAGUCUAUCUCUUAUGGCGACACCACAAUGGCUAUAUUCUGUAUUGGAACUGUGGUCCUGUCUUAUGGAGCAGCUGCCUUGGUGACUGUCUUUGUUGAGUUCCCAAUGUCUAAUAUCGAGAUUGCCGCUUUUAAACUAUUUGGUGCUAAAACUCGUGAGUCUACACGUAUUGUGAAGAAGACUGAAAGUCCAAGCAGUGAAAAGAAACAGUGAUGAGAUUGUUUGCCUUUUUUUGAGUAAUAUUGCUGUGAGUGUGUGUGUGUGUGUAUGUCAUUCUCAGUAUUGUUUUAGGAUUUAUACUUUUUUGUUAAUAAUUAUUUGAAUGAUAGGCCCUUUGUUAUUACUAAA